GCCGGGCGGGCGCCAUGGAGGAGGGCUCCAGCUCGCCCGUGUCCCCGGUGGACAGCCUGGGCACCAGCGAGGAGGAGCUCGAGCGGCGGCCGAAGCGCUUCGGCAGGAAGCGGCGCUACAGCAAGAAGUCGAGCGAAGAUGGCAGCCCGACCCCGGGCAAGCGCGGCAAGAAGGCCAGCCCGAGCGCGCAGUCCUUCGAGGAGCUGCAGAGCCAGCGCAUCCUGGCCAACGUGCGCGAGCGCCAGCGCACGCAGUCGCUCAACGAGGCCUUCGCCGCGCUGCGCAAGAUCAUCCCCACGCUGCCCUCGGACAAGCUCAGCAAGAUCCAGACGCUGAAGCUGGCCGCCAGGUACAUAGACUUCCUCUACCAGGUCCUGCAGAGCGACGAGAUGGACAAUAAGAUGACCAGCUGCAGCUACGUGGCCCACGAGCGCCUCAGCUACGCCUUCUCCGUGUGGCGCAUGGAGGGCGCGUGGUCCAUGUCCGCCUCCCACUAGCGCCGCGCCACCCACGUCCGGACGGCCCCGCGCGCCAGGACUGACCCGCACGUCUGAAGAACUGGGGCGCACCACACCUGUCACCUCUGAAACCUGGACAACCUCGCUAAGGCCCCUUGCACGCCCCAGCAAGUGUCCAGACAGGGCCGCGCGGCCUUCCCCGAGACGGCCCCCCUGCUGGAAGGGGCUCCCAGCCCCCACCAGCGACCUGCACAUUGUCAUCUCGUCACCAUCUGGAUUUUUCUUCUGGGUUUUAUUUUUGGGGGGUGGAUUUUAUUGUUUCUGAAAAAUCUCUCGAUUCAGGAAAGCAUUUAUGAGCAUUUGGAUUUUGGAUUUGUACUUCCCUCUAAGUGCCUUCUCUGACCUGUAUUUUUUUUUAAUAAAACAGAAAUGUGUUCUUGUACAAUCUGUUCCAACUGGACCAAGGCUGUCAGAACAGGACCCCGGUUCCCACCCACCCCGACCUCUGCAUGAUGGUCUCAAGGAAGCCUGGAACCCCCUCCUCACACCCCUCUUUUGCCCUGAUUCGCUCAGCUCGCUGUUUUUAUAUUCCCCAUGUCCGUGUAUAUGUUGCUUAUUUGUUUAUUUAUUGAGAUAUUUUUACAAGCCAAGUGCUCUGCCCGUGGCUGUGUACCCCGGCCCUGCCCAGAACAAUAAAGAUCCCACACGGC